AUGCCAUCAGAGAAGGACGACUCGUUCCAAUUGUACGACUUGCGGGUGGAGGUGAUUUGCCCGCCGGGCGAGCGCAUCUUGUGCGGAGCCAAAAAUGGGGACUACUUUACUGUGCAAGGUGAGAUGCUGCAUCUUCCUGACGGUCAGGGUAUGAGUUUCUACAGCUUAGCGGCAGUACUGCCUCUGCUAGCCUCCAAGCAGCGACCAACUCACGCACAUGAUUGGAUGUCCACGGAUGCAUUGAUCGCAUGUCCGGAUCCAAAUUGUAAAUCUCAGCUCAAGAUAAUACGAAUUGGGUUGCGGACUUUCAGCCAUGGGGAUACCACGGUAGUCGGCCUGGAAGGGAACUCUUGA